UCCGAGCAGCACUGAAUGCACACUUGCCUGGGUGUCGGGACGACGAAGCACGACGUAGUUCUUAGGUCUACGACGCUGACAACAAAUCCCACCAUGGAUAGCCCUACAGAGGCAGCAGCAGCGGGUGAUCUCUCGCCUCACACCUUCUCUCAGGUGGUCUUCAUCGACAUCCCCCACUCAUACCCGCCCUCAACCCACAUCACCUGCUGCUACACCCUCAAUGCUGCAUUCCAGUCUAACUCCAGGGACUGGGUGGGCAUUUUCAAGGUGGGUUGGAGUUCAACCAAGGAUUAUCACACUUUUGUCUGGGUGGAGCUACACAAUGAUGUGGAUGGGCAAGAGGCGAUUACAAGGCAAGCCUUGUUUAAAGAUUACUACCUGCCAAAAGACGAGAUCGAGUUCUACCAGUUCUGCUACGUUGACAGUACGGGGCAGGUGAGAGGAGCCAGCACGCCCUUCUGUUUCAGAAAUGCAGUUGGGCAAAGCUUGGAGAGCAGCGCUGAAGACGACCUUCUGGUUGUUACCACACAGGAGCAAGUUGAUCAGAGCCUGCGUGAGAAAACUCGGCUUCAGAAAGAGUUGGAUGCCAUGAGAUUGGAAAAUGAAACCUUAAAAAGCACUCUGCUGAUGGAGCAAAGAGAAACUGCUAGCUUCAAGGUGGAGAUUGAGAAGAGCCAGGCAGCACAGACUGAACUGGUGAAAGGAAUGGAUCAGAUCAAGGUGGAAAAUGAAAAUCUUAAGAGCAAGUUGCAGGCACAGCUGCAGGAGAAUAACCACUUGAAGGAGGAGGUCCAGUUGGCAAAGCAGAGGGAAUUACAAUAUGACACCACGGAGCAGAGCCAGAGCUUGAAUUCAUUAAGAAAAAAAGAGGAGAGAUAUGAUCAAGCUGUGAUGAAGAUCAAUCAACUAAAAGAAGAACGUGAGAAGCUGAAGGAGAAGGAUUUUGCUCAAGAUAAGGAGAUUACCGAUCUAAAAGCCAAACUCAGAGAAAGAGAACGAGAGCUGUUGAAAACAAAGGACGCCAUCCAGCUUUUACAGGUUGACGUUCAGAGCAGUAAGAAAGAGAAGGAGCGGCUCACUGCAGAGCUCCAGAAGUUGCAAGGCGUAGCACAGAGCAUAGAUACAGUGACAAGAGAGAACAAGGAGUUGGUUCGGAGGCUGUCGAACCAGGAGACUGUGCAGAAUUCUUCAGAAAAUGACCUGACGGUGCAGUGUCAGACUCUUGGCAGGCAGCUGCAAGAAACACAGGAAAAGCUGACUAAUGAGAGGGAGGAAACAAGGAACACCAAGAGGCAAGUUGAGAUCCUGAAAGAUGAGCUGGGACGUGUCAAGGAGAAGCUGGCGAAAAUGGUGAUAUCGUACGAGCAAGAGCAACAGAGAAAUUCCAAAUAUGAGAUGCAAUGUAGAGAGAUGAAUGGAAUGAUUGCAGACAAGAACAUAAACAUUGAGGACCUGGACCAGCAGCUUGCUCUUGUGACUCGAGAGAAAGAUGAGCUCACCAAAGAAAACUUGGAACUCAAAGAUCAAAUUGAAGGGCUGCGUAGAGUUUUCACCAGCCAUGACGCAGCUUCUGCUGACUCAGCAUACAUGCAGCCUAAUGUCACCUCUCCAGCUGGUGACACUUCAGCCUCCAAUGACCAGCAGGCACCAGACCAGUCCGAUAACAUCUAUGAAACCAUAGAUAGCAUUGAAGGAUUACAGGGAGAGGAGCAGUCACUGGUGUGUCGUCACUGCCAGGAGAGUUUCCCGGGCAUUACCCGAGACGAACUGGAGCAGCAUGAACAGAGUCACCGAGUGUGUCCCUUCUGCACAAUGAUCUGUGACCAUAUGGAGCAGUCCGUGUUUGAGGAUCACGUCUAUGGCCACGAGUUGUGAGCGUGGUGUCAGGCUAUGAAUGUGGCCUGAGCUUUUCUUAAAAGAUGGGCAGGUGUAGACGUUUGACUGUUUCCUUAACCCUUUAAGCUUUUGGGGGUCUGCCAUGCCAGCUUCCAGGGAUUUGCAAAAUGCCUGUGUUAUCUCAGCACUGUGGCCAAAAGAAAAGUUAAAGCCUUUUUUUAUUUAAAACCAGGGUUGCCAAAGCAGUUCUCUCGUUUCACCCAUUAAAGGAACAUUAUGAAUAAUCAGUAGCAUCUAGAGUGUAAGUUGGAGGUAGCAACCAUCUCAAAUGGCUUGUAGGCUCUGGCUUCAUAAGACUAAAUUACUUAACAAGAGUCAUUUUGAACCAGAUAUUUUCAGGGGUGGAUGGAAAAUCUCUAUUGAAGUUAAUUCUGUUGACAUUUUGGCCACCACUCUGUGACAUUUCAGGACUCUUGUGCAUGAAUGAAAACAACCAACUUUACCACCACAUCUUUACUUGUUUAUUCUUGUUUCCUGAAAUUGGCUGACUCAUGCACCAGACUGUUAUUGCCUUACAUCUCGAACGUGUUACCUCAAACAUCUUACAAAACAAAAUCCACAACCUUGCCACAUUUUUUUCCACUGUUGCCCCAAAAACAGUACUUUUCUUCUGUGUGCCUUUUUAUGGCAGUAAUAUGGCCCGCUGUAAAGGGUAAAAUUAGUGGUUGUGAGACAAUGAAAUUGCCAAAUUGAUUGGGUCUCAAUUAAAAUUUACUUUUCAGUUAUAUAUCAUUCUUCUCAUAAAUCCUCUUUCAGGUUAAAUAUUAUUUUAUCUACAUGUUAAAUCACUUCUUAAUGGGUAAAACAAAAUAAAUCAAACAUUUUUCUGGGCAAAUUUCAGUUUUGCCAACAACAUUCUGCACACUCACAUAUUUCUUAACUCCCUGUAAUAACCUGGUGGGGUCGAGCCAUUACUUAAUAUUCCUGUUGAACGUGAGGUUUGUUUUAGGGCAAAGCGUCAUCAGUUUCCACACAGAUAUUGUUUGUUUUUUCUGUUCAUCUUGCAUUAUUAUUACAGUAUAUGCAGAAAACUUAAGCUAAUACAAAUACACUUUAUUAAUAAAAGGUGGGUUGGUGUUGGAUCUGUACUUUUGCUUUUAAUUUGUGGUAUUACCGCCACUGAACUUUACUGUUUUGCUGUCAGUUUAACAAGUUGCCUUUAUGUUACUGUUUUUUGUUCUGACAAAAGCACCCAAAAUUUUGGCUAAAGCAGCACUGAGGUGUUUGGCAUGGCUAGGCCUACAGGCAUGUUUAGAAAUGCUAAACUGUUAGACCCACCUCCAACACUGAACAGUUGGAGGCGCUGAGUCUCCACUUGGGUGUCAAUAAACCAUAGAAGAAGAGAGGAACAUGCUAUGUAAACAAUAAGAGCUCCAGUCCUUUAAUAGUGAAAAUAUUAAAUUUGUUACAACUGGAACAGGUCUGCCUGUUUCAUAAUGUCCCUCUUCUAACUUUUUAUAUUAAAUUGGCAACGUUUUCAUUUGAAUUUCACUACUAGAUAAAGAUUUUUUGUUCUUGCUGCUCUGUGCAGGAUUUAAUACAAAGUGCAAUUAAAUAAUGAUUUUUGGCUGAAUAUUAAUAAUAUGCAACACCAGUUAUGCAAAAAUAAUAAAACAGUUUUAAACAAGUUUUAAGUAUAAACUUAAAAAGACCCAAGGAGCAUGUUGCAAAAAUGUUUUGGCAUGAAUGGUUUAUGUGAGAGAUGAGAAAUUAUCCUUAGAGUGGACGAAUGUGUAAUUUCACAUAAAACUGAUAGCAAAGCUUUGCAUGAACAUGUCUCACGAACAUGAGGGAAUUCUGAUUUUCUAUAAUGGGAUCGGAGUUUAUUUAAUGGUUUCUGAUUGUAACUGUUAAAUUAUAUGAAGGAGAAGCAAUGUUAUGAGAACUUAAGUCAAUUAUUUGAAAUAUAUUCAAGCUGUAAAUGCAUUUAAAAAUUCUGCAGAAUAAUAAAAACUCAAACAUA